AUGGGUGGUGGGUGGCGGGCGAAACCCAGUGAUCGACGGCAGCCUGCAGAGCCAUCGCGGUGUCGCUUGUGCGUCAACAACUUGUACUAUCCCCCGGGGACACCCUAUCCCCACAGCCAGGAGCAACGUCCUCUUUAAGACAGGGAACACGUGCUUGUGCUGUCGGGUGGUCACUUCCUUCCUUCCUUCCUCUUUCUUACAAGGUCGGAGCCACUUGUGAUCCUCAGACACACCACCAGGGGGCCUUCGUCAACGGAAAAGACAGAAUCAGGAGAACAUCAGCUGGAGGAAGGGUUGGCAGCCACAGACUGGGAGGUGAUCACAGGAACUACCCAACACCUGCGAGUGUUGACUCCACUCCCUUGGAUAAAAAGUAGUGAAGCAAAUAUAAACUUGUGUUGGGGGUCUACCCAACGCAGCCCCAACACACACACACGCACUCAAUGAAUGUCUAAAACACUCACAGAAAAGUCAGUCGAGUGUUAAUAGCAACUAUUGUAAAGUGUAUUUUAAAUGACUAAGCCUGUUGGUCACACUCAGAUUUUGGCAAGUGUAAAUGUGUUUACCGGAACGGCUCCCCAAGUCUUGAACAAACAUUUUGUUUAUAGUUGUACUAAUCAUCAUUCUGUGAAGUCAAGAAUACCGAAGGCGUUAAAAAAACUAAGGAUGUGAGUAUAAACAGCCUGGUAUCAGGAGUCUGUGUUCACAAGUACAUACAACAUUCAAGCAGCACCAUGCCCGGACCCACCAACAAAGCCACCAGCCUCGCCAGCGACUCGGCUCACGACCUGACGCAGUUCGAGUCGUGUGAGGACAUGUCUGAACCCUGGUUCAGCCUCAACGGUAAUCUCUCCCAAGAGAGUAUCUACCACGACUGCACCAAGUACUACCACAUCGAAUGCCAGAGUAGACAUGUGAACGGAUCAGAUUUAGGGCUCACACAAUCUGCCAGCACAGGAAUGUUGACGAAGGAGAUCGCCCAAACAGAGAAACCCUCAAAGAUUACUAAAAAGGUGGUGACCGAGAGGCAGGUAAAAGCAACGGGUUUAUCUCGCCUACAGGAAUGUUUUGAGCAGAUGGAAGUGGAGGAUGAGGAAGGAGACGAAGUUGUGGAAACUAUUAAUGUGCCAGUAGUGGAAGCAAGCCUCAGUGUGGACCUCAACACUUCCCUCACCAGGCAGAAAAUCGCCUCUGUUCAGCGGGGCCGGACACUGUCCUAUGUUGAUAAAGAUGAUCCUGAGGAUGCACCCACGCGCCGGCCGCGACCUCUAGCACACGUCAAUGAAAGUAUAGAUAUCGUGAUGCCUCUGAACCGGCCCACCGCUUACUCUGGAGGCGCAGAGAAUGACCAGCUGUCGCCCAAUACCUGCCGAAAUAGUCGUGUAUUUCGCAACCCAUCCUACCACUUCGCUGUUAGAGACACAAUUUCAUCACCCAGGCACGAAAUUAAGACAGGGUCCUUGGAUCAAGACAAUAGCAGCUUUGAAGACUGUUUAUCCUGUGAGGAAUAUCCCAUCAACACCGUCACAGAAGAUAAGGAAGAACCGGAAGGUAGCAAGCGUCACUUGUCUACGGGAGAUGAGAUUACCUUGCCCUUGGCAGCCAACAUGCCUCGCAGCGUUUCCUUCUGUGGGCCAGUAAAGUUGUCCCAGUCUUCCCCUUCUACCCCUGCCAGCGGCAGUCUCUCAGAGGGGAACAGCAGAAGCGGUAGUGCAUCGCAGUUGCCAGUGCCCACGUCCAAGUUUUCCUCCCCUCAGACUCCAAUUCCCUCUCCCGUGAAAGAAUCACCGACAAUCGUCCGCGGCUCUGCUAUUAGCCGUAGCUUUCGUAGACUUUUUAGUUCUCCCGCUCGUACCACGCCCACUAGUCCACCUGAGGAGAUCUGGCCGGAUAUCCCAGACACGCUGGCGACAUCUCCUACCACAGAAGCGAAAACACCAUCUCGUCUUCGCAAGCUAGGCAGUACCAUCUCUCGCCGGCUGCCUACUCGCUCCAAGAUGAGUGAGAAGACAACCUCUGCGGGUACAAACGGCCAUCAGCUGUUGACCCUCAAUGGCACACCUGUGUACGAAGACUCGCAAAACUUGGUGGAGUACGAGACUCUGCUGAAGCUCUUCUGCUGCUCGGGAUGCCAGGCUUUCAUGGCUCCACCCCUUCACCAGUGUCGGAAGGGGCAUCUCGUCUGUGGUACCUGCCGUUUGUCCCUCAAACAAACAUGUCCUGUGUGCAAACAACGCUUCGCCGACAGCACUAACUUGAUGAUGGAACAGGUGUGUCAGUUGGUGAAGUUCCCGUGUAAGUACGCGUGUGAGGGGUGCCCGGAGUACCACCGACCCCGCGCCAAGCUGGACCACGAGCACUUCUGUCUGUACCGUCCGGUCCACUGCCACCACGGCCCCAAGGGCUGCCCCAAGGUGGUCAUCCUCCGCGACAUGCAGCAGCACCUGGACGAGUGCAUCUAUAAGAACAAAUGACUUGCCGCGCUGUCGUCUUAGUUGAUAAGGUCUAUAUCACAGUAUUGUAGAGAUACUGUCUUUCAUUUCAUCUUGUAUAAAAUCGAUGAUUCAUUUUAGAUUUAAAACAAACAAAAAAAUAUAUAUAUAUGUA